AGACACAGCUUCCUCCUUGGGGCACUGCGUCCCAGGCAGGCAGCAGGCUGGGUUUCCCCAUGGAGGAGAGCAGUGCCCACCACGCCAUCCCCACCCCAGCCGGCCGAGACGCCAGGCCCCCAGCCCUGCUCAUGGAUGUGGGGCUGCCAGGAGGACCUGGGGGCCUCAAAGCCGGCUGCGCGGUGGACUCGAGGGCCCUGCCAGCAUCCUGUCCGGAGCCCAGCGGCGCUGGCCCUUGGCCUGUUGGUCUUGGCCGGCCCAGAGGAAGCCACAGGCGCCCGGGCAGGCAUGAAAGGGCUCUUUGACGCUGGGCUGCCGGGACAGGAACACAGACGGCCGGCCAGGCAGGGAGGACGCAGGGAGCGUCCCUGAGACGCCCUGGCCAAGAUGGCAGCUCCCGCCCUGCUGCUCCUGGCACUGCUGCUGCCUGCGGGGGCCUGGCCUGGGCUGCCCAGGAGGCCCUGUGUGAGCUGCUGCCGCCCAGCCUGGCCCCCUGGCCCCUACACCAGGGCGAGUGACAGGGACCCGUGGUGGGGGCUGCCCCGAGUGCGGCCCACCAUAGACAUCGAAAUCCUCAAAGGUGAGAAGGGCGAGGCCGGGGUCCGAGGGCGUCCCGGCAGGAGCGGGAAAGAGGGACCGCCGGGCUCCCGGGGCCCGCAGGGCCGCAAAGGCCAGAAGGGGCAGCUGGGGCCACCGGGCACCCCGUGCCAGCGUGCCUACGCGGCUUUCUCCGUGGGCCGGCGCGAGGGCCUGCACAGCUCCGACACCUUCCAGGCGGUGCCCUUCGACACGGAGCUGGUGAACCUGGACGGCGCCUUCGACCUGGCCGCGGGCCGCUUCCUCUGCGCGGUGCCCGGCGUCUACUUCCUCAGCCUCAACGUGCACACCUGGAACCACAAGGAGACCUACCUGCACGUCAUGCGGAACCGGCGGCCCGAGGCGGUGCUGUACGCGCAGCCCAGCGAGCGCAGCCUCAUGCAGGCCCAGAGCCUGCUGCUGCCGCUGGCCGCGGGCGACGCCGUCUGGGUGCGCAUGUUCCAGCGCGACCAGGACAACGCCGUGUACGGCGAGCGCGGGGACCUCUACAUCACCUUCAGCGGCCACCUGGUCAAGCCGGCCGCCGAGCUGUAGCCGGGAGAGCGCCCGCGGCUCAGCACGCGCCCGUGUGCGGCGGAGGCAGCAGAGCUUAAGCGCCGACUGUGUGCAGGGAUGGAGUGGUUGUGUGCCGACUGUGUGCAGGGAUUGCUUGAGUGCCGACUGUGUGCAGGGAUUGCUUGAGUGCUGACUGUAUACGGAGAUUGAGUGGUUGAGCACUGACUGUAUACAGGGAUUGAGUGGUUGAGCACUGACUGUGUGCAGGGAUUGCUUGAGUGCUGACUGUAUACAGGGAUUGAGUGGUUGAGCACUAACUGUGUGCAGAGAUGGAGUGGUUGUGUGCCGACUGUGUGCAGGGAUUGCUUGAGUGCUGACUGUAUACAGGGAUGGAGUGGUUGAGCGCCGACUGUGUGCAGUGAUUCUUUGAGUGCCGAAUGUGUGCAGAGAUUAGUUGAGCACCCGCCAAGUGCAAGGAUUGAUUGAAUGCUGACUGUGUGCAGGGAUUGGUUGAGCGCCCACUGUGUGCAGGCACUGAGCCAUGUGGAGCACUGGGUGUGGUGGGAGCAAGUCUGACCUGCACCUGCCCUCACAGGGGCUGGCACACAGGAAGGCACCACACGAAGCCGCAUGGACAGAGGCCUGUGUGCUGGACGUGCGGUGGGUGGGGCCGGGUGCCUCCGCAUGGGUUGGCUGGAGGCUGGUUGCUCACUCAGGUACUCGCCCUCACGGCUGAGGGGCCAUUCUGCUUAUAAAGCUGUGCCAGGCGUCCUGCUA